AUGGAGAACCAAGAAGCCAAUGAUUUAGUGCAGAUCGCUUAUGGGUACAAGAUAUCAAAAUCAAGAUUCCAGGAGAUUAUUGAGUUACAAGAGAAGAUGGUGUCAAACGUCCCAUCAUCACCUAAUAUGGACAUUCAAAAGACAAGAGGGGAAGAUAACCCCGACGAUAGUGUCAACUGCGAUGAAGGUUUUGACGAUAAAGGUCUCGAUAAUUCCGAGUUCGAAAAUUUUGUAAGACACGAAGUUUUCACUAUUGGAAAUUUAUCACCAUCAGAUUGGAGGAAACCCAUCAUAGAGUACUUAGAGAAUCCAGUCAGAAAUACUGACAGGAAAAUCAAGUACAGGGCCCUAAGUUAUAUACAUCUAGGAAAAAAAUUGCUGAAGAAGAUUCCAGAGGGAAUAUUACUUAAGUGUCUUGGAAAUAAAGAAGCAUACUUGACCAUAUCUGAAGUACAUAGUGGAGCCUGUGGCGCACACCAAGUAGGCCAUAAGAUGAAAUGGUUGCUAUUCUGA